CGACAACAGGCAUUCCUUGAUAUCCAUUGAUCGCACCAGGAGUGCCCAUUGAGCUGCCUUGAAGGCUGAUAGACCACGAUACCCAUUGAUACCCCGACUCUGAAAGAUAUCACGACUCUCUUUCAUUGACCAAAUACUCAAUCUCUACAACAUAUUCCAAAGCAUUCACACAAUCAUCAUGACAUUUGGACGCACCCGCACAAGCUCCUCUGAGGAACAGCGAGGAAGAAACCCCGAGCCGGUUCCCAUCAUGGACGACAAGCAGCGCACCAACUCGUACUCGAGCGAGGCUUCUUUCCCCGAAUCGCCCGCCUCAUCCCCGCCCAAGUCAUCCCACUCAUGGUUCAAGCCCGCACCACAAGCCGUCAAUGUCUACACCACUUGUGGUCGGCACACCAACCAGCUCCUGUUUGGCGGACCAUCCCUGACGGAGCUCGCCCGGUCCAUGCUCAAGAAGGACUGAGACGCAGGAAACCCAUUUCCAGGGCUCAGCUGCAUGCAGUGCAGUCCUGCUUUAUCUACCAUGACGUCCAAAUCGCGCAACUUGUCAGCCUGGAAUUCAUGCUGUUUCACAUUCACUGUAUUUAUUCGACGUCGCUGGCUGGUACGGGACGGGAGUUUUUGUUGAUGUUGGCGAGCGCGGCGUCUUCAGGGUAGACAUCCUAGACAUGGCGACGCAUGAAGUGGAGGACGAGAUGGAGCACUGUACCACGAAUGACGGCCUUGUACGAUACCUUUCACUGUAGCAAUAUUUGUAACGAGUCCAUGAAUUUGACGAUAAUAUUAU